AUGAAGUUGCAACUGAGUGUACUGGCCUGUGUGGCAUCGACGGUUGUCGCCGUUUUUAUCGACGAGGUUGGUGUCAACGACUGGGUACGAUUAAGCGCCCCCGAAAGCAUCAAAGUGCUCGACAAUGUUGCAUAUUUGGCAUCGGCAGACGCUCUCUCUGCCCUCGACCUUUCUUCAGACGCCCCCAAGGGGAUCAAAUGGAGCCGGCGAUUUUCCGACAAUAGCUCAAUCACACUCAAGAAUGACCACGCGAUUGUGCAGGAACAAAGUGUGUCGUACGGGUUCAAUUUGAAAGACGGAGGUCUGUCAUGGGAGAGCCAUGAGAAGGACGUGCUCAAGGAGGGUGUUAUUGUGACCACAGAGGACGACACCUAUGUGGCACAAGCUGACAACGCUCUGGGAUCAAUUAGGCUGUUCAAGCUCAACCGAGGAGUGCCCGAGGAACAAUGGUCCGCUACUGCUGAUCCCAUCAGAGACCUGGCGGUGGUCGAUAUCAGCACCGGGGAGGGAGAGCAACAGGAGAUCAACACUUCGGUUGUUGCUCUUGAGGACGGACGGUCCAGCACCAAGGUCCGGAUCAUUUCUAAGGACUCCGACAAGUCCAUCACCAUGGGUCUGUGCCAGCGACUGAUCAAGUUCCAGCCCUUCGCCUCCAAGUUUUUGGUUUCGUGUAUCAUCAGCGAAAAGGUGCACCUGACCCUGAUCGAUCUGGAGUCGAAGAAGACUGUUACCACCAGCGUUAUCGGCCAGGAGGGCCAGGUUCAUGUCUCUGGUGCUGAUAUCUUUGUGCUAGGAGAUGACAAGCUGUAUAAGAUUGAUCUUUCCGAGUUUGCGCCUGUUCUCAUCGGUGACAUUCCCCAUGGAAAAGACGCUGUCAUUUCACUCCAGGAACAGCUUGUGGUUCAGGACUCUGCUGCAAUUGAGACGUUCGACUACUCUCUCAACAAGAAGGCUUCUGUGGCCCAGAUUCCCUUUUCUCUGACAUACACUGGGUCUGACAACUUCCUUGUUGCCUCUCCUACGUCUCUCAACGUCCUCACUCCCGAGGGUAAGUCUCUGUGGUCUUCUCCUGUCCUCUCGUCUAUCAUCACUGCUGCUUUCAUUGACAAGGAUGAGGUCAAGGCCGAUGACGCUUUUAACAUCAACACCGACCCCGUGACCGCCUUUAUCAACCGAAUCCAGUCCCACGUUGCCCAGCUGCCUCAUCUUAUCAAGUGGUUCUCUUCUCUAACCCUUGACGUUCUGGAGGUGUCUACUGACAACGACCACUUCUUCGAGAAGCUGCUGAUUGUGGCUACUCCCUCUGGUCUCACUGCCAUUGAUACCACCACCAACACCAACGCCUGGGAGGUGGAUAUUCCAGGUGUCACCAAACUCACCUCUGUCGCUAACGGAGUUGUUGCUACCACACCCAAUGGAGACAUUGCUUACGAUGCUCACGGAGUGGAGUUCAGUGCUCCCGAGUCUGACUCGGAGUACACCGUCAAGACCACCGGAAACAUUAUUCAGGGAUACAGGAGCGGCCAGCCCACCUGGACCUGGAGUCCUGCAGCUGGUUCCAUCGCCAAGACCGUGUCCAAGAAUCUGGACGACGAGUCUGUGUCUAUUGGCACUAUCCUCGGAGACCGAACCGUGCUAUACAAGUACCUGUACCCCAACGUAAUUGCUGCUGCUUCCGUUGAUGAAACUGCCGGAACUCUGCUUAUCACUGUGCUCGACUCUGUUACAGGUAACACCCUGUACCAGUCUAUUCACAACGACGUCAAGUCCUUCAGCGACAUUGUUUUCGGCGAGUACUGGAUCACCUACUCUUAUGUUUCUGGUGGUGCCCUUCCCGGUGCCAAGCUCGUCACCUGCGACUUCUACGAGUCCACUACCCCCAAUGAGCGAAAGUCCACUGACGAGAUGUCUGCCUUUGACAUGUUUGUUCCCGAGACCAUCUGCCAGGCCUUUGGCAUCGAGUCUGAAGUUACUGCUCUAUCUGUCUCCAAGACCACCUUUGGUAUCACAUCCCGAGAUGUCAUUGUCGCUCUUGCUGACGGACGAGUUGCCUCAAUCCCUCGACAGGCCAUCAACCCUAGACGACCCGUUGGACGAGCUGCUACUGCUGCUGAGAUGGAGGAAGGUCUGGGAACUUACGAUCCCUUCCUUGCCAUCUUCCCCCAGAUGCUCAUUUCACACUCCUAUUCUCUAAAGGGCGACAUCAUUGUCACCAGCGGAGCUACUUUGGAGUCGACUUCUCUGGUGGCUGUUCUAUCCACCAACGGAGACAUUUUCUUCACCCGAAUCUUCCCUUCCACCGCCUUCGAUCUCAUGAAGCCCAAUUUCAGCAAGAAGAACCUCGUGUACACUGUGCUGGCCCUGGGUAUUGCCGUGCGAUACAUGGGCCCCGUGGUCGCCAAAAGACUCAACAACCAAAAGUGGGGUGUUGGUCUCAUUGAGAAAUAA